AUGCCCGGAGAAGAAGCAGUGAGUAAGCAUCCCACCUCAUGCCCGAGAGGUCAAGCAUGUCCACGCCGCGAGAACCUCACCAUUUUGUGUGUGGGGAAGGAGAUCGCCGCAGCGCUCCUGCAUGCGGACGUUAACGUCCGCUAUGUCUCAGAGCUGAGGAGUAAUGUGAAGAAACGCGUGCUGCUGGAGAGCGAUGCCAGCGGUGUGAACAAGCGAAAGCUCAUCCAGAAGGCUGUGGUAGAAGAGCUCGUCCGUCUUGUGUCCACGGACAAGAAGCCCUACAAGCUAGAGCAGCUUGGCCUGACUUCGGCGGACUGGUGGCAGAAGGGCAAAGUGAACAUCAUCAUGUUCGUGGGCUUGCAGGGCAGUGGCAAGACCACCACCUGCACCAAGUACGCCCACUACUACAACCGGAAAGGCUGGAAGACAGCCCUGGUUUGCGCCGAUACCUUCCGUGCUGGCGCUUUCGACCAGCUGAAACAGAACGCCUCCAAGGUCAGAAUACCUUUCUAUGGUGACUACAACGAGACAGACCCAGUCAGAAUCGCCGAAGAAGGCGUGGAGCUUUUCAAAAAGGAGAAGUACGAUCUCAUCAUAGUUGACACCUCCGGCCGUCACAAGCAGGAGCAAGCCCUUUUCGAUGAGAUGAAGCAGGUGGCAGAGGUAGUCCAGCCAAACGACACCAUCUUCAUUAUGGACUCUCACAUCGGUCAGGCGUGCUACGACCAAGCCCGGGCCUUCCGGGAGGUCGUGGACAUCGGUAGUGUCAUCAUCACAAAGCUCGAUGGCCACGCAAAGGGCGGUGGCGCACUGUCCGCUGUCUCUGCCACGAAUUCUCCCAUCAUCUUCCUGGGAACCGGGGAGCACUUCGAUGAGUUCCAGCCCUUUGAUGCUCAGAGCUUCGUCUCGCGGCUUCUCGGAAUGGGAGACCUGAAGGGCCUUUUCCAGACCAUCACCGAGGCCAUGCCCUUGGACAAGCAGCCGGAGCUGCUGAACAAGAUCUCGAAGGGAAGGUUCUCGCUGCGGGAUCUCUAUGAGCAGUUCCAGAACUUGCAGAAGAUGGGCCCCAUGAGUCAGAUCAUGCAGAUGAUUCCUGGCAUGUCCAACCUGAUGCCCGCAGGUGCAGAAAAGGAGGGUGUCAAGCGCAUCAAGCGUUUUAUGGCAGGAGCCUUUAGACAAACUUCAAUACAAAGACCAACAUGUAAAGCAGUGCCGCCUCUGUGCUGUCAGCAUGAGCAAAGUGAGCAAAGGUCAUUAUGGACAGCAUGUGCGGGCCCCCAGAGCGUUAUUGCCCACGGCCCCCUUCCAAGGGUGGUCCCGAAGAUGUCGCGUAGCCGGGUGAGCGGGUGUUAUGAGGGUCAGUGA